AUGGAAAGACUUAAAUCUCUUAAGAGUAUCCAUCAAAUUCCCAUUAUUGCCAUCCUAGAGCCUUUUUCUGAUAGCAUUCAGAUUCAGUACUUCAGAAAUCAACUCAACAUGGACCAUGCUAUUAGUAAUCCAAAUGGUAAGAUUUGGCUUUUUUGGACCAAGGAUGUAGACUGCAGGAUAUUGGAAAAUGAGGAGCAGUUGAUUACUUGUGAAUUUAAUCAUGUAAUGAAUCCAAAUCAGUUCAUAGUUACCUUUCUAUAUGCAAAAUGCAAAGAUCAUCUCAGAAGACCUCUGUGGGAUAGCAUGCUACAACAGUCAGCCACCUCCCUUCCAUGGUGCACAUUAGGUGAUUUCAAUGUUAUCACAGACCCUCAAGAAAAGUUGGGAGGUGUCACUUACAAUAUGAAAAAGAGCCUUGAGUUCAUCAGCAUCAUAGAAGCCUGUGGACUACAAGAUCUUGGGUUUUGUGGUCAGAGAUACACUUGGUCUAAUCUAAGGGGUAUAAUGUUCAUAAUCUGGAAGAGACUUGACAGAGGAAUGGUCACCGAUAAGUGGCUAGAGAUGAUGCCUCAGACUACCAUUACUCAUCUACCCUCUGUGGGUUCAGAUCACUGCCCCUUACUGCUGGAGAUGACUGAUCAAAACCAACAACACACCAAAUAUUUCAAAUUCCUUAAUUGCUGGACAGAACAACCAUCUUUCUUGGAUACUGUUAGUAAUUGCUGGAACAGGACCAUGGAGGGUAAUCCAAUGUGGUGUUUCCAUCAGAAAAUGAAGAGGUUGGCAGCCACUCUUAGUACUUGGUCCAGAUUGCAAUUUGGUGAUAUAUAUGCCAAAGUUAAAGAAUAUGAAGACAAGACUAGACAUGCAGAGGAAGAGCUAAUCUCUAGUAAUUCUGAAGAGAACAGAACAAAGCUCCAUGCCAUCAAUGAAGAGUAUAUAAAAUACCUGAAACUGGAGGAAUCCAUGCUAAAGCAAAAAACUCAGUUGCAUUGGUUCAAAGAGGGUGAUGUGAAUUCCAAGUAUUUUCAUGCCUUGAUAAGAGGAAGGAGGAGGAAAUUAUACAUCCAUAAGAUCCAGAAUGAAGAUGAUAAUUGGGUACAAGGUGAAGAAAACAUAGCUAAAGCUGCAUGUGAACACUUCCAAGCCAUUUUCACUGGUGAGGAGACACAAAUUCAGGAGCAUACCCUCCAAUGUAUUCCCAGGAUGGUCACUGAUGAGCAUAACAGAAACCUGAAAGCUUUCCCUACAAUGGAGGAGUUGAGAACUGUAGUGUUUUUAAUGAAUCCCAAUUCAGCUGCUGGACCUGAUGGAAUGAAUGGCAAGCAUGGAUUCUUUCAUUCCACAAGAGGCCUUAAGCAAGGGGAUCCAUUAUCACCAGCUUUGUUUAUCAUAGGUGCUGAAGUCCUCUCCAGGCUCAUGAACAACCUUCAUCAACACCCCCAAUAUCAUGGUUUCCUGAUGGCUAAAAAGGGCCCUCAAAUUAAUCAUCUCAGUUGUGCAGAUGACAUCAUCAUAUUCUCAUCUGGAAGAUCUCAUACCUUGAAGCUUAUCAUGGAGACACUACAUACCUAUGAGCAUGCUUCAGGCCAAUUGAUCAACAGAGACAAGAGUAACUUCAUGGUACCCUUAAAUGCAUUCAACUCUACUGUUAGAAGAAUCAAGAAAGUUACAUGCUUCAAGCAAAAGAACAGCCCUAUCACAUAUCUGGGGUGUCCUCUUUACAUUGGUAGACAGAGGAUCAUCUAUUAUUCUGAGCUUAUAGCUAAAGUUGUGGCUAGGAUAGCUGGAUGGCAGGCAAAAUUAAUUAGUUAUGGAGGAAGAGUUACUUUGAUUAAGCAUGUCAUCCAAGUACUUCCUAUUCACUUGUUAUCUGCUAGUUCCCCUCCUGCAACCACUAUCAAGCAAAUUCAAAGCAUCACAGCCAAUUUCUUCUGGGGGUGGAAGAAUGAAAGGAGGAAAUAUCAUUGGUCUUCUUGGAAGAAUCUGAGUUAUCCCUAUGAAGAGGGUGGUAUUGGAGUGAGACUAAUAUCAGAUGUUGCCAAGUCUUUCCAAUACAAACAAUGGUGGAUAUUCAGAACUAAGAAUUCCUUAUGGAGUGAGUUCCUCAAAGCUAAGUACUGUCAGAGGUCAAAUCCUAUAACCAAAAAAUGGCACACAGGACAGUCUUUGAUAUGGAAGCACCUCAUGAAGAACAAGCACAAUGUUGAGCCUCAUAUCCAAUGGCAGAUACAGUCUGGUUCUUGCCUCUUUUGGUGGGAUAAUUGGUUGGGAGUUGGCCCCUUAGCUAAUUUCAGGCCAGCCAGUAGUAGACAGAACAAUACUAAGGUGUCUUCUUUCAUGAUUAAUGGUCAAUGUAAUGCAGAACUGGUCUCUCAGAAAGCACCUCCUCAGUUUGUACCUAGCAUCCUGGCAAGUAACAUCAACUAUCAGCCCCACAAACUUGAUCAGGCCUCUUAG